UCCAGGGAUGGGGAGGGGUCAGGGGUCACCGCCGCGGAGGCUGCCGGGAGUCUUGCUCUCUUGGCCACUAUGGGGGCUACUUUGGGGGCUACUGUUGGGACUCCUGCUGGGGCUGCCCGGGCCUGGGUUGUGCCUCAGCCGGCGGGACCUCUUCCCCUACGGCCCCGACCACGGAGACCUGCAGCUGCAGCCCGGACACCGCGGCCUGGCCCCGCCGCUCCCCCUCCGACGCCCGCUCCGCUUCUACCAGCAGGAAGGCCUGCGCAACGUCUAUGUCUCGACCAAUGGGUACAUCGCGACGAGCCAGCCGCCAGAAAAGGAAGUCUACCCCGGGAGGUUCCCCCCGACGUUCGGCGCCAUAGCCCCUUUCCUGGCGGACCUGGACAUCACCGACGGCCGAGGGAAGGUCUUCUACCGGGAAGACUCCUCGCCCGCCAUCCUGCAGCUGGCCGUCGACUGCGUCCUCAGAGGGUUCCCCGACCUCCAGUUCCACCCCCUGAGCGCGGUGGUGGUCACGUGGGAAUCCGUGGCCCCCUACCUCGGGCCCGAUGGGGUCGCGGCUCAGGAAGACCAGAGAAACACUUUCCAGGCGGUGCUGGUGUCCUCCGACUCCAGCUCCUAUGCGGUGUUCCUCUAUCCCGAAGACGGGCUGCAGUUCUACAGCACCCGCUCGAAGGACACGGGGGACCCGGUCUCCGCCACCGUCGGCUUCAGCCAGGGCUCUCAGGUUGGCCUCUUCUGGACGAGCGACGGCGCCUACAACAUAUUCGCCAACGACAGAGAGUCGCUCGAGAAUCUGGCCAAGAGCAGCAACUCUGGACGCCAAGGCAUCUGGGUGUUUGAGAUCGGGAGCCCGGCCACGGCCAGCGGCGUGGUGGCCGCCGACGUCGGCUCCGGGCCGGACAGCGCCGACUACGAGGACGAGGACGAAUUCGACUACGACGCGACGAUCGGGUUCAGGAGGUUCCCGGGCGGCGAGAACCCCACCCCCAGCCCGGAUGACAUCGCCACCGCCGGGGGGCACGGAGAAUGGAGCCCGUCCCCGGCCAGUCCGGAGCGACCCUCGGCCGAGGGCCCCACCACCUCCCCGGCCCCCGAGCUGUCCACCGCCUGGACCCAGGCCUACCGGUUUCAGGCCCGCAGCUUUCCUCAGCAGCCCCCGCAGGUCAUCGACGUGGAUGAAGUGGAAGAGACGGGGAUCGUUUUCAGCUACAACACCGACUCCCGGCAGACGUGCUCCAACAACCGCCACCAGUGCUCCGUCCACGCGGACUGCCGGGACUAUGCCACGGGCUUCUGCUGCAGCUGCGUGGCGGGGUACACGGGCAACGGCAGGCAGUGUGUCGCAGAAGGCUCUCCGCAGCGGGUGAACGGCAAGGUGCAGGGGACGAUCUACGUGGGGAGCCGCCAGACCCCGUUCGUCUUGGACAACACGGACCUGCACUCCUACGUGGUCAUGAACCACGGCCGCUCCUACACGGCCAUCAGCACCGUCUCCGAGGCCCUGGGCCCCUCCCUGCUCCCGCUGGCCCCCUUGGGCGGGAUCAUCGGCUGGAUGUUUGCCGUGGAGCAGCAGGGGUUCAAAAACGGCUUCAGCAUCACCGGGGGCGAGUUCGCCCGGCAGGCGGAAGUGACUUUCCUCGGGCAGGGGGAGAAGCUGCUGAUCAAACAGCAGUUGAAAGGCAUCGACGAGCACGGCCACCUGACCAUCAGCACGGAGCUGGAGGGCCGGGUGCCCGAGAUCCCGUCCGGCUCCACCGUCCACAUCGAGCCCUACACCGAGCUCUAUCACUUCUCUGACUCCGUGAUCACGUCGUCCUCCACGCGGGAGUACACGGUGACGGAGCCCGAGCGGGACGGCGGCGGCGCACAGACCUACACCUCCACGUACCAGUGGCGCCAGACCAUCACCUUCCAGCAGUGCAGCCACGAGGACUCUCAGCGGGCCCUGCCCGCCACCCAGCAGCUGACCGUGGACAGCGUCUUCGUCCUGUACAACCAGGACGAGCGGAUCCUGCGCUACGCGCUGAGCAACUCCAUCGGUCCCAUCCACGAGGGGCCCCCCGACUCUGGGGGGAACCCCUGCUACACGGGGACCCACGGCUGCGACACUAACGCGGCCUGCCGGCCCGGCCCGGACAACAGCUUCACCUGCGACUGCUCCGUGGGCUUCCGUGGCGACGGGCGCACGUGCUACGACAUUAACGAGUGCGUGGAGCAGAGCGAGGCCUGUAGCAGAAAUGCCGUCUGCCACAACUACCCGGGGACCUUCCGCUGCGAAUGCCUGGAGGGCUACCGCUUCGCCGACGACAGCCGUACGUGUGUGGCCACAGAUGACGAGCGCCCUACAAACUACUGUGAGAAUGGCCUGCAUGACUGCGAUAUCCCUCAGCGGGCCCAGUGCGUGUACACAGGUGGUUCCACGUACAUCUGCUCCUGCUUGCCUGGCUUCUCCGGAGACGGACAGGCCUGUGAGGACGUGGACGAAUGCCAGCAGCGCCCGUGCCACCCAGAUGCGUCGUGCCACAACACCCCCGGCUCCUUCACCUGCCGAUGCCAGGCCGGCUACGCCGGGGACGGCUUCCGCUGCGUGCCAGGAGAAACUGAGAAGACGAGGUGCCAGCAAGAAAGGGAGCAUCUUUUAGGGGCUGCGGGGGCUCUGGACCCCAGGGGACCCCGCCCCGUGAGCAUAUUUGUGCCUCAGUGCGACGAGCACGGGAAUUACGUGGCGACCCAGUGCCACGGCAGCACCGGGUCCUGCUGGUGCGUGGAUCGCCACGGAAGCGAGAUAGCUGGCACGCGGACGGGCCCGGGAAUGAGACCUCCGUGCCUGAGCACGGUGGCUCCCCCGCUCCACCCCGGCCCCUCGGUGCCCCCGGCCGUCAUCCCCCCGCCCCCGGGAACCCACCUGCUCUUCGCGCAGACGGGGAAGAUCGAACGGCUGCCGCUGGAAGGGAACGGGAUGAAGAAAGCCGAGGCCAAAGCCUUACUUCACAUCCCGGAUAAAGUGAUCAUCGGGCUGGCCUUCGACUGCGUGGACCAGGUAGUGUACUGGACGGACAUCAGCGGGCCGUCCAUCGGCAGAGCCAGCCUGCACGGCGGGGAGCCCGACGCCAUCAUCGGACAGGGUCUGGGGAGCCCGGAGGGGCUAGCCGUCGAUCAUCUGGGACGCAACCUUUUCUGGACGGACUCUCAGCUGGACCGCAUCGAAGUGGCCAGGCUGGACGGCGGUCUGCGGCGUGUGCUCUUCGAGUCGGACCUGGUGAACCCCAGAGGCAUCGUCGCCGACCCCGUUAGAGGAAACCUCUACUGGACCGACUGGAACAGGGAGAGCCCCAAAAUCGAAACCUCCUACCUGGACGGCACCCACCGCCGGGUCCUCGUGAAGGAUGACUUGGGCUUGCCCAACGGCCUGACCUUUGACCCUCACUCUUCACUGCUCUGCUGGGUCGAUGCGGGCACCCACCGGGCCGAGUGCCUGAACCCCUCGCAGCCGGAUCGCCGCCGCAUCCUGGGGGGGCUGCAGUACCCCUUCGCCGUGACCAGCUUCGGCAAGGAUCUGUACUACACCGACUGGAAGAUGAACGCGGUGGUGGUCGUGGAUCGUCACGCGUCCAAGGAGACCGACACCUUCCACCCGCACAAACAGACGCGGCUCUAUGGGAUAACCACAGCCCUGGCCCAGUGCCCCCAAGGCCACAACUACUGCUCCGUGAACAACGGGGGCUGCACUCACCUGUGCCUGGCCACCCCGGGGAGCCGAUCCUGCCGCUGCCCCGACAACACCGAGGCCGUCGACUGCGUCGAGAGGAAGUGACCGCCCGCCCGCUCCGGCUCCGUUCACGGCGGACACCGGCCCGGCUGGGAUCGGACCAGCUCCCGCCUCCCCUGCCCACCCAGAGACCGGCGGCGGAGAUGCACUCCGGCUUAGGCGGAGUGACCGCCCCUCCCCUAGGUGACCUACCCUGGGAGAAGACCGCCCCGGCAGCCCCCUGCUCUUGAGGGGCGGGGUCCCCCCCAAUCCCUCCCUCUUUCCCCUUCCAGUUUUCCCUCAGGCCCACGGAGGUGAACGUGAAGCCCGGAGCGGAUCCCGACAGCGGACCCAGACGCUGCCUCUCUUCGUCUUGACCGCUCCUCCCCACCCCCGCUUCCAGCCUGGGGUCCGGAGGUGGGGCCGUGCUGACUCCCAGCUUCUCCCCCACCCCAGCCCCGAGUCAAUCGGUGGUAUUUAUUGAGCGCUUACUGUGUGCCGAGCACUGUUCUAAGCUCUUGGGAGAGUAAAGUACGUUGGAGGUCGUAGACACUAUCCCUGCCAUCAAGAAGCUUGCGAUCUAGCGUACAGCCAUGUCUGGGCCCUAGGCCACCUUCGCCCCUUCGUCUGCUCGUUCAGUCCACACCCACCGCCCCGGACUGCGGUGACAGUGCCAACUGGGGGGAGGUGAGGAGGCACACGGCCAUGUGUUUUCCUUCGCUGCUCACCCUCCCCCCAAAAUAGAGCUUUCACCCCCAUCCUGAGAGUCAUAACCAGUUGGGCCUUGACCCUCUGCGAGCUCCUCCGGGACGCCUCGGGGCCUGCGGCCGGAAGGAGCGCAAGCCCUUUGGCUCUCUGGGCCAAAUAGGAAGUGACGGCGCCUGAAGCCCAUGGGGAACCCGAGAACCAAAGAGCAGGGACCCCGCUGCUAACCAAGCUCCUCUGGGCCGGGUACCGCCGGCCUGCCGCGACAGCCGCUGCGGUUCCUAGGACUAAGCCCAUCCGGCUCGAUCCGUCCCUUCUCCCUCCCCCCGCCGCCCGGGUCUCCCCACCAUCCCAACUGGGGCCCCGCCUCACGUACACCCAAAGCUGUGGUAUUUUCUGGUGCAAACUGCACCCCAUCCUGGAGAACUCCGGUUGGGGGCAGACCCCUCCCCAUCUGGGGUUGACUACCCCCCGUCUUCCCUUAUAUUUAUCGUGACAUAUCAAACUCUCUCUGUAGCAAAUCUUCCCCCUGAGGUUUUUUUCCUUUUUUCUUUUUUUUUUUUCGUGUGGGGAGGGGGUAUAGCUUUUGUAACUUCAUUUUAUUCCUAUUUUAUCCGCUACGUCUCUGGAGAAUAAAAACCACGGAAUUGCUACAAAUGUGCCGAAAGACGAAGGUGCUCCAUAACUGUCCCCCUCUGAAUGAUCCUGCCAGGUGAGGCAGUUAACGUUUACACCUGUACAGCGAUGAGUGCAGGAACCAAUAAAGAUUUUGUGAAAGAAAAA